ACAUUCCACACGGUAGGGGCAACAACUAGGCAGACUAGGACUCAUCAACAAUGCUCGGACCAGCUACUACUGCUGGGCGGAGGGGCAGAGGACCGUCGUGACCUGGCAUUAUCACUCGAGCCAACUCCACGCCACAUCCGUCUAAACUAUUUUCUUCUCUUUUAGCUCCUGUGCGAACUUUAAAAGGGAGUGGCGCCGCGUUUCCCGUCCCUAUCACGGCUGGUUCCCGCGUUUCCGUCAUGAUGGGUUUGCGUAGCGCUGGCACGGUGGUAAUCUAGAAGCUGUUUCUGAGGCGCCUCAAAGGAAGUUCCGGCCCGGUGGCAAUCAAGACGCCGAAUCUCGUCGCACAUUGAUCAGUCAGUCGGCCACUGGCCGCGCGUUGACGGCUCUAUUGUGGUAGUAGAUUAGUCGGUUCUAUUCACGGUUUUUUCUCACCUUUUCUUUCUUUUAGGCCAUCUUUUACCAACGCAAGGGUUCCCGUCGUCGCCCCGCGUCGAGUCAGCAAGAGGCGCGUGGGAAGAUGGAGAUAUUGGGAAAGGAGAUUCCCCUAUGGGCAAUAAUCGCAGUCGCCGUGGUCGCCGCGAUAAUCCUCGUCGCUCUCCUCUGCGUCUGCCGCCGCUGCUACAAGUCCGGCAAACACUGCAUCAGCUGCUCCCGCUGCUGCUACAACGUCUUGUGCUGCAGCGGCUGCUGCUGGCGGCGCCACCGACGCGACGGCGCGCGCGUCGCCACCGACGACGCGGUUGAUGGCGGCGGCGCGAAGGCGAGUAAGUCGAACAGCCUCGGCGUCGCGUACGGAAGCACUGGCGGCGGCUCUUCCGCCACGCCCUACGCCGCCGAUGCCGCCGCGGGAGGCGCGACGGGGAUUUCCAUCCCGUCCAACAGCUACGGCACUAACUUCGCGGGAGCCGCAUCCGGCCCGGAAGGGCUCCGCGUGUCCGGCGGCGGCGGCAGUGCCGCGCAAGGAGCGCUGAAGGCGUCUCCGCACGCUGGCGCGGCGUUUUGGCGCAAGGUGCUGCGCGCGCCCGGCUUCAAAGAUGUGGCGCGGAAAAAAAAGGCGCAGCAGCGGAGCAUGUCGUUCCAGCAAUUCGACCUGCUACAAUUAACUCGCGCCACAAGAAACUUCCAUAAGAAGCUAUUAUUAGGGAAAGGAAGCACGUCCGAGGUGUACCGAGGCGCCGGACCCAGCGGAGCGCGGUGGGCGGUGAAGCGGUCGCUAUGGCGGCCCGGGGGAGGGGAUGAUGACGACAUCCUGACGUUUCGCCCUGCGAAUCGGGCGGCUUACGCAGAGCUAGUCGCGGAUUUCGAAGAAGGCGCGAAGUCUAUGGCCGUGCUGUGCCAUCAAAAUGUGAUUCAACUGCUGGGUUACUGUAUCGAGGGCGGCGAGAGGGUGCUUAUAUACGAGUACGUGGACGGGCCGAGCCUGGAGUCGAUGAUUCUAGGGAAUACCGACGAGUGGCGGGAGAAGAUCACCUUUUGGCGCCACGAUUCUCGGAACGCCCGUGCGCGCAGGGACCUUGGGGUUGCCUCGGAAGGCGAGGAGGAAGGGAUACCGUUCGAUUUCCUGCACCGGCUGCUGAUCGCCGUCGAUAUUGCCGACGCUGUCGCGUACAUGCACACGGAGUUCCCUAGGCCGUAUUUACACGAGGGGCUGCAUCCGAGGAACAUUCUUUUUGACACGAGUGGUAUGCCCAAGGUCGGCAACGUCGGGCAGAUGAAAGUGUUGAUGACCCGGGACAUCACUGGCGGCUCGAGCAUGCUGGGAGGUUUACAACACGGGCCGACCCUCGCUCUGCCUGGUUACAUCGACCCCACGUUCCACGUUACGGGAAAAUCGUCGCCGCCCAAUGACGUGUACGCUUUUGGCGUUAUCCUCCUGCAGAUCUUCACUGGCCGCCCAGCCGUGAUUGAGAACGAGCCUGGCGAAGCAACCGCGAAGCUGGACCUAGGCACGUGGGUUGCGCGGCGCCUUAGGGCCGGAGGAGAGAGCAGCAUCGAGAGCAUCGUAGAUCCGAGGCUCGGCCACGCCUACGCUGCUGACGUCAUCCAGAAAGUGCUGCAGGUGGCGCUGGACUGCCAGCUUUUCCCCGCUAAGAAGAGACCCGCUAUGGAUAAGGUUGCAGAGCGGCUGUUUGCUAUUCAUGAAGAACUAGUGAAGGAGGGCGGAGUGGUGGUGGUGGAUAUUCCCGAGCCUGAGCCCAAGGCUGGGGAGUUCGAGGUUGGGGAGGAGGAGGGGGAGUUUGGGAGGGGAGGCGGAGAGGGGAUGGGAGAGGGGGUGGCGGAGGUUAUUGGGGAGGAGAUGGGGGAAGUUGCAGGGGCGGCGGCGGGAGAGGCUGGGAAUUUGCAGGAGGAUGGGGAGGUGAAGGGGGAGGUAAGGGGGAGCUGGGGUGGUGAGGAUGUGAGUGGGGGGGAGGAGAGCGUUGAUGAAGGGAAGGGAAAGGAGGGUGAGGAGGGCAAGAAGAUCAAAAAAGGGAAGAAGGAAAAGAAGGAGAAGAGGGAGAAGAAAGAGAAGAAGCGGAAGGAGAAAGGGGAGGAAGCAGAGAUGGAGCAGGUGGAGGUUGAGGUUGGGGCAGACAACAACGUGUAACACACACGCGCACAAGGAAAGGUACCAUACAAGGGAGCAGUCGGAGGCUGACAUGCUGGGGAUACUGGAUUGGGUUUGAUUCUUCUUUACUUGCUCUGAGUAUACAAUGCUGCAACAGAAAGAGGAAUAAGUGAAGCGGUGGUUUACUGUUCCACAAUACCUAUGAUGAGAAGUGAAACAUUGC